GUUGCAGAGCGUUUUAAGAGCUGGUGGAAGUUUUAAGUGUUCUUGUUCUUAGAUGAAUUUGAAGUUGUGAUCAUGUAUUACAUUUUUUGACGCCGUUAUGAUGGAUGCAUUUUGCUUUUAAUACACGAUUCAGAUGAAUGUGGAAAUAAUACACGAUUUUAUUUAGAAAAAGAGGCAAAAUAGAAUGAUAUAUGUGGAUGAAACAGAGGAAAAAGAUGUUACAGAUAUUGACUUAGCUUUCGAACCACGUGACGUCCAAGUAAAAAUAGGAAGAGAUGUCAAAGAAGAGUAUACAUUGCAGGAAGAACUGGGCAGAGGAAAAUUUGGAACUGUAUAUAAAUGCACAGAAAAAAGGACUGGUCGAAGAUUUGCCGCCAAAUUUAUUAUAACCACUCGCUCAGAAGAUAGAAAAGAAGUAGAAAGGGAAGUCGAGAUUAUGCGAAUGCUGCAGCAGCCACGAUUGCUGCAGCUCUAUGACGCUUUUGAUGAUGGAAAAAAGGAAAUGUGCCUCAUUUUGGAAUUAAUUGAAGGUGGCGAACUUUUCGAACGAGUAAUUAGUGAUGACUUUGUUUUAACGGAAAAAGCAUGCUCAAUAUUUGUCCGCCAAAUAUGUGAAGGCGUGCAAUACAUGCACUCAAAAAAUGUACUUCAUUUGGAUAUGAAGCCAGAAAACAUUUUAUGUGUCACACGGACAGGCAAUCAAAUCAAAAUCAUCGACUUUGGUCUCGCCCGAAAAUAUGAUCCAGACAAAAAGUUACAAGUUUUGUUUGGUACGCCAGAGUUCGUAGCUCCCGAGGUUGUAAAUUUUGACAAAGUUUCUUUCACUACUGAUAUGUGGAGCGUCGGAGUCAUAUGCUACGUUCUACUUUCAGGUUUAUCACCCUUCAUGGGUGACUCUGAUUUAGAAACUAUGGGUAAUGUUACAAAAGCAGAAUUUGACUUUGAAGAUGAUAGCUUCGAUAAAAUAUCAGAAACUGCCAAAGAUUUUAUUUCCAAGUUACUAAUUAAAGAUAUGACAUUACGAAUGAAUUCAGCACAAAGUUUAAAGCACCCCUGGCUUAAAAAAGACGAACCGAAGAAGGAUACAAUGUUGGAUAAGAAGAGGUUAAAACGUUUUGUGAUUAGAAGACGGUGGCAGAAAGCAGUCAAUGCUCUUCUGGCCUUGAAAGCAAUGGGGGCUACAAUCUGAUGCCAUGCACUCAAUUCGCUCAAUGCCUGUUUUGUCUAAAUUUUUUUAAUGUUUCACUUAGUUAAAUUAUUUUAUUUCAUUUUUAUACGUUAUCACCCCUUCUACGUGCUCAAAGAGAGGUAUGUUUUUAUAAACAACAAUAGUAUAGUUUUGUAUACAAAGAUUUUAUGAUUAGAAAAUUAAGUUUUUAAAACUUUAUGUUGUUCGUUUCUGAGAAAAGGUAUUAAAAAUGUA